AUGGGGAAAAGUAAGAAGCUUAAGACUCACCCAGAGGACGGGUCCCGGAAAAUCGGCGACCUAUUCCUAUCAAGGCCUAAACCUAAAAUGGCAGCGACCCCAGAUCCCCAGAGCUCGUCCUCGGAGGAGGAAGAGAUGGAUGCGCCUGACCCUAUACCAAAUGCUGCUGAUCCGCUCCUGACCCUGCCAGUCGGAGACUUGAGAGCUCUGGCAACCAAAGGGGAUAUAUUGAACAUCACACAGAACCUACGCACCUUGUUCCGCACAGAUAUAGUGGUACUGAAUGAAGAGAUGACCGCUGUCACAGAUAGGGUACGGGCCACUGAGGAAGACGUUACCUCCAUGGCACAGCGCCAUCAAGCAACAGAGGAGAAGCUCCGACUCCUCCAGAUCUCCCACCACACAUU